AUACAUAACCUAACACAGACCAGCCAAUCGUCUAUAACAAGAUACUUCUCAAUGAUGGAAGCGGAUAUAACUCAAAAACAGGGAUGUUCACGGCCCCUGUGUCUGGAGUUUAUCUGUUCUCGUACUCAGUCGGGGCCAAAUUACUACCACAUGUGCAUCUGUCGCAGUAUGAUGUGUUCACCCGAUUGAUUGUUGAUGGAGUUCAUCAGCUGUCAGCUGUGGCAGAAAGCACAAACACCUAUGACGAUGAGCAGGGCAGUACAACUGCCAUUGUGUACGUCGAGGAGGGAACUAAAGUGUGGACCAAACAUGAAGUCAGGGGAGGUAAUAAUCUGUACUCUGAUGAAAGUGAGCGAGUAACGUCUUUCGCUGGAACAUUACUAUAUGAAAAGGAACAUGGAAUGACCUCUGCUAUCAUCGGUUGAUGGUUAAUAUACAAAGAAAUAGACAAGCUAUUUUGCCGUGCAUUGAUUGUUUUGAAUCUAC